AAGAGAAGAAGAAAAAAACAUAAAUAAUAAGAAACAGAAAACGAGAAAACGGAUCUCUAUUCCAAAACUACAAACUACAGAGAGAAAGAAAGAAAAAGAGUUUAAUUGAUCGGAGAAUUGGUUCAAUUGAGUAAACCUCGUCGUCGUCGUCUUCUUCUUCAUCUGGUAAUCGUUUUCAAAACCCUAACCGAAUUUGGGCUCAGAAAUUAAGAAAUUUAAUCUUCCAUUUCUAUCCGGAGUCUGAUCAUCUCGCCUAACCACUCACCGGUCAAUGCAAUGGUGGUCUGCAAAUGCCGCAAGGCUACAAAAUUGUACUGUUUCGUGCACAAGGUCCCGGUUUGUGGAGAAUGCAUAUGUUUUCCCGAGCAUCAAAUAUGCGUGAUCCGUACAUACUCAGAAUGGGUAAUAGAUGGAGAGUACGAUUGGCCUCCUAAUUGCUGCCUCUGUCAAGCUGUACUUGAAGGGGGGACUGAUUCUCAGACUACUCGGUUGGGUUGCUUGCACGUGAUACACACGAAUUGUCUGGUUUCACAUAUCAAAAGUUUUCCUUCACAUACUGCUCCUGCUGGAUAUGUGUGUCCUGCAUGCUCUACAUCGAUAUGGCCGCCCAAGAAUGUGAAAGACUCAGGAUCUCGUCUUCACUCAAAGUUGAAGGAAGCUAUUAUGCAGACUGGCCUUGAAAAGAACUUGUUUGGAAAUCACCCGGUUUCAUUGCCAGUCUCAGAGUCUCGAAGUCCUCCUCCAGCAUUUGCAUCUGAUCCAUUGACUAUAGUCACUUCUGCAGAUGGUGGGGAAAGUAACGCAGCGAAAAAUGAAAUGAACAUUACUGAAGCGUAUCUAACUGCAACUGGAGCAGGAUCUAUAAAAAUUCCAGGCACAGAUAUUUCAGAGAUAGAAGGUCCCAGUUCAGCAGGAAAUUUCAUAAAAAGCACCAGUCCUGUUGGUCCUGGUGCUACAACACGAAAGAGUGGUGUGGCUUAUGUCGAACGGCAAAACUCUGAAAUUUCAUAUUAUGCUGAUGAUGAAGAUGGAAAGCAUAGAAAGUACUCACGAAGGGGUUCACUCAGGCAUAAAUUACUCCGAGCAUUGAUACCAUUCUGGUCAAGUGCGUUACCAACUCUACCAGUGACCGCACCAUCUCGGAAAGAUGCAUCAGCCUCAAAUGACACUCCAGAAAGCCGUGUACGGCAUCAGAGACCGUCAAGAAUGGAUCCCAGAAAAAUCCUCCUCUUUAUAGCAAUCAUGGCAUGUAUGGCGACAAUGGGCAUUCUAUAUUACAGAUUAGCACAAAGAGGUUUUGGUGAUGAGAUGGGUGAAGAUGAGCAGCAGUAGUGUGUGGUGGACUUACCUAAUGAGAGCAGAUUCGUUGGUUUCUUCUUCUGCCGCUUCAUGUUUUUUUGUAUGGUUCUUCCUUUAUCUAAAUCGAUUACACAUGCAUACCUAGUGGAUGAUGGUGGCAGAUUUUCAUUCAGUGUCAAAUGACAGUUAAAAAUCCCAAUUUGUUGGAUGUAAUCUUUGCUCAUUUUCUUCCUUCCCUCCUCGUUUUCAUUUUUUUUUCAAUCCCUUCGAAGUUGAAAUGGAGAACCAGGUUGAAUCAUAAUUUUUUUUUAUUCCUUUUAAAAGAUUAGUUUGUAAUUAUAUUAUAUUAUGUUUAUUAAAUUAACAACAAUCAGGACAAAGUUGCGCGCAGAA